UGGCUGCAGCAGGCACCUGCGAUCGGCUGCUGUGGGUACUCGCCACAGACCGUGAGUGCAGGACAGAGAAGAUCAAUUUGGGGAGCGCUGUGCACGGAUUGUGUUUUUCAGAAAAUCAUUAUUCCUUUCUUUGGGAUUUUAGAAACUGACGAGCUGCUUGCGGAGUGUGCUACCUGCCUAAGCUUUAGAAGUGUUCUCUUAUGCUUAAUUACAUGCAGUCGCCCCAGCAGACCGGACCUGUAGUCAGCAUCUGUCACCAUUCUCCACCCCGAACAUCUGCCUAAAUAAAGCAAUGACUGGCCACCCGACCUGCCACCUGGGACCAGACUACAGUUCCCACCACGCAGCGAGGCAGGAGGAAGAAGGGGCGCCGAGGGCUGCACGGGAAGCCAGGCGCCAAAGCAAACAAUAUCUGCCUGUGGGGGGCGACAGGUGUGCACGGCAGCUCUGGUCUAGGGGACCAAGCCAUGCAGUUCCCUGGCACUGCCAGAGCUUCAGACGAGGACAUGGACUACCUGUUCAAGGUCAUCCUCAUAGGGGACUCCAAUGUGGGGAAGACCUGUGUGGUGCAGCACUUCCGGUCCGGGGUCUAUACUGAGACACAGCAGAACACUAUUGGAGUGGACUUCACCGUGCACUCCCUGGACAUAGACGGCAAGAGAGUGAAGAUGCAGGUGUGGGACACAGCGGGCCAGGAGCGAUUCCGCACCAUCACCCAGAGCUACUACCGCAGUGCGCAUGCGGCCAUCAUCGCCUACGACCUCACCCGUAGGUCCACCUUCGAGUCGGUCCCGCACUGGAUUCACGAGGUAGAGAAAUAUGGAGCGGCGAACCUGGUCAUCAUGCUGAUCGAUGGAUUCGGUCAUUCAGCGGCCUGUGUCCUUGUCCUCGCCCCAGGAAACAAGUCGGACCUCUGGCAGAAGCGGCACGUGCUGUUCGAGGACGCCUGCACUCUGGCCGAGAAGUAUGGGCUCCUCGCUGUCCUGGAGACGUCCGCCAAGGAGUCUAGGAACAUCGAAGAGGUCUUUGUGCUGAUGGCCAAGGAGCUGAUGGCCCGCAAUAGACUGCAGCUGUAUGGCGAGGGUACCAUGCACAGCCUCACCCCCGAGUCCAGCCCGGUGCUCCUGGGCCAGGUGCCCAGCAAGAAGCCUGGCUGCACCUGCUGAGCAGGUGGCCAGGCGCACAGGGAACCAGUGGUCCUGGCGUACCUGGUGUGGUACUGCAAGUCCUGGUGCAGCUUCACCACACCUCCCUAAGGCUCCGGCCUGAGAGGGCAGCCAACGGGCCUGGAUUCCCACCACAGACACCACGGAAAAGGGACACCACCAAUCUCCUUGGGACUUAACGUGACAGGACUGCAGGCACAGGGGAAGAGGUGUGGUUUGUCCUGCCCCUUUUCCUUCUGUCUCUCCCACACUCCAACUGCU